CUGUGUGUCAGCUGUGGAGCUUCCCUUUGGUUCACUUCCUCUAUGUUUGCUGUAAUUUCAGUGUUGAGUUUGUCCUGUGGAGAUGAUGUUUCUUAUCUGUGCAACGCUGCUUUUCUCUGUGAGCUGCAUCAAGGCACAAACAGGUGCAGUUUUGGGAAGACCACACUGUUACAGAGGUUACUGUAUCACUCGUAGUGAAGCAGAUAUAACAGCAGAGGCUGGACUCUGUGUUGUGAUACCGUGCUCUUUCACUACUAUGACAUUCUUUACACCCCAAUAUUUAGUUUGGUACAAAUGUGAACGGUAUAAACCAAGAUGCAGCGAUUCUGACAUUAUAUUCCACACGAACAAGUACAACAACAAGGUUCAGACUUUGUUCAAAGGACGGGUUUCACUGUUGGAGCAUGAUGUGAGUCAGGGGAACUGCAGCAUCAUCAUCAACGACCUCACCAGCUCAGACUCUGGAGCAUAUCAGCUCAGAGUUAAUGGGUUUCGUUAUGGGGAAGUGGAUGGACUUACAUACCCUCAAAGAUCAUUUGUCUCUGUAAAAGGUCUGGCCCAGAAGCCAUCAGUGAUGAUCCCUUCUCUGACGGAUGGACAGCAGACCACACUGACCUGCACUGCUCCUGGUCUCUGUUCUGGGUCUAAUCCUGAAUUCACCUGGACGUGGAGAGGAGCAGGAGUGAAUGACUCUCAGAUCACAGGAAACAUCACUGCUUUCAAGACUGAGAAUCUGACUGCUGUCACACAGAGACACAGCUCCACUCUGACCUUUAACACUUCAGCUGAACACCACAACAGCAGUGUUACCUGUGAGGUCAGCUUCACAAACGACAGCACUGCAGAGGAGACUGUGACUCUUAAUGUGACCUUCUAUCCAAAGAUCCUGAAUAGUUCAAAGUGUGAGGUUCAGUCUGGGGUCCUGACCUGUGUGUGCAUCAGUAAGGGGAUCCCUUUACCCUACAUUCUAUGGCCGCUGUUGAAUAAGCACUCUGAGUACUCCGUCAUCACCACCGUGUCCCGCCACACUGUCCACAGCACCUUAACUGUAAGGGACCACAGUAACACCGUUGUUGAGUGUGUCGGCAGAAGCAAAGUUGGGGAAGUGCAACAUAUCAUCCCCGUUACAACUUCACAGAAGAAAGAAGCAAAUCAACAUGGACCAAGUGCAUGGCUUCCCUGGUUUGUUGCUGCUUUAUCUCUUUUGGUAAAUGUCAUCAGCAUAAUCGUCAUAAUGUUCCUCUGGCACACAAGAAAGAAGGUGAAACCAAACCAAGAAGAUAGAACGUACAUGUCAAUCAAGAAAACAGACGUGUCAUCAGAUUAUGAAGUUAUCGCCCAGCCUCUGAACUAACACGCUUCACCUGAGUGAAGUAGAAGAUGAUGUUUUCAUACUCUGACUGAUUUUGAUCAUAUUUUCAAAUGUGCAAGUUUCUAUGAGUUUGAAAUGCCUACUUUUGUUUUCAUUAGAACAGUAUUACCACAGUAUAUUGUAGCUUGUGCUUUUUCAGAUAUAUUUAUGAAGACUUGGAAACAUUUUUGAAGUGAAAUACAUGGAUACAUAUGUUAUUAUUAUUUGUAUUAAAAUAUUCAUUAUAAAAGCAUCUUGUUGA